AGUGUCAGACGCUCCAGACAGGCUGCCACGCUUGGGGGGGCAAGUGGGUUGGUUGUCAUGGCGACGGUGCAGGUGGCCGCUGCACUUCGGGCCGCGGCUGCGGGCAUGAGGUUGCGCGGCCCCCGAGGCACUGGGGGCGCCCGGAGGCUGAGCGGCAGCGCGCAGCGGCGGGCAUCUGGGGGCACCAGCCCCGGGCGCCAGCUCAGCACCGCCUGGGCGCAGGCCCAGCCCCCAGGGGAGGAGGCCGAGGAGCCAUCGGGGGCUCCAACUCCCGCACCCCCGGUGGUCUCUGAGUCCCCUGAGCCGCCAGCUGGUCGCUCACUGGUGCAGAGGGACAUCCAGGCCUUCCUGAACCAGUGCGGGGCCAGCCCCGGGGAGGCGCGCCACUGGCUCACGCAGUUCCAGACCUGCUACCACUCCGCAGACAAGCCCUUCGCCGUCAUCGAGGUAGACGAGGAGGUGUUCAAGUGCCAGCAGGCCGUUUCCAGCCUGGCCUUCGCCCUGGCCUUCCUGCAACGCAUGGACAUGAAGCCGCUGGUGGUCCUGGGGCUGCCCGCUCCCACGGCGCCCUCGGGCUGUCUUUCCUUCUGGGAGGCCAAGGGGCAGCUCGCCCAGAGCUGUAAGGUGCUCGUGGACGCGCUGCGGCACAACGCCGCCAAUGCUGUGCCUUUUUUUGGCGGCGGGUCGGUGCUGGGCGCUGCCGAGCCAGCUCCCCAUGCCAGCUACGGCGGCAUCGUCUCAGUGGAGACCGACCUGCUGCAGUGGUGCCUGGAGUCGGGCAGCAUCCCCAUCCUGUGCCCCAUCGGAGAGACCGCCGCGCGCCGCUCGGUGCUUCUCGACUCGCUGGAGGUGACCGCGUCGCUGGCCAAGGCUCUGCGGCCCACCAAAAUCAUCUUCCUCAAUAACACAGGCGGCCUGCGCGACAGCAGUCAGAAGGUCCUGAGUAACGUGAACCUGCCCGCCGACCUGGACAUGGUGACCAACGCCGACUGGCUGAGCACCAAAGAACGGCAGCAGAUGCGGCUCAUCGUGGACGUGCUCAGCCGCCUGCCCCACCACUCCUCGGCCGUCAUCACUGCCUCCAGCACGCUGCUCACCGAGCUCUUCAGCAACAGGGGGUCCGGAACCCUGUUCAAGAACGUCGAGCGGAUGCUGCGAGUGCGCAACCUGGACAGCCUGGACCAGGGCCGUCUCGUGGCCCUGGUCAACGCCAGCUUCGGCAAGAAGCUCCGGGACGACUACCUGGCCUCGCUGCGCCAGCGGCUGCACUGCAUCUACGUUUCUGAGGGGUACAACGCGGCGGCCAUUCUGACCAUGGAACCCGUACUGGGGGGCACCCCGUACCUGGACAAAUUUGUGGUGAGCUCCAGCCGCCAGGGCCAAGGCUCCGGCCAGAUGCUGUGGGAAUGCCUGCGGCAGGACCUGCAGACGCUUUUCUGGCGCUCCCGGGUCACCAACCCCAUCAAUCCGUGGUACUUCAAGCACAGUGAUGGCAGCUUCUCCAACAAGCAGUGGAUCUUCUUCUGGUUUGGCCUGGCGGAUAUCCGGGACUCCUAUGAGUUGGUCAACCACGCCAAGGGGCUGCCGGACUCCUUCUGCAAGCCAGCUUCUGACCCAGGCAGCUGACCCUCACUAUAGACCCCCACCCCGGCCCUGGGACAGCCAGGGUGAACCAAAAGCCACGUCUAAUGCAGGUGACCCCAGGCAGCCAGAGGCUGGAUGGGGCUUGUUGGCUGAGUGAUCUGUAGAAGCAGCAGCCUCUACCCACAGGGAGCACCCUAGUGGGACGAGCACAGGAAGGAGAGGGGUGCCAGCCUAAUCCCCUGACUUGCCCCAAAGCCACAGCCAGAUAGCCUUCAAUUUUCAACCUGGGAAUGGGGGGUGGGGCAGAGCACCGCUUUCCAGGGCUCUACUCAGGGCUAACCUUAAGGGUGGGUCAGUUUUCUGUGGCCUCUGUGCUGUUUUGAGGCUCCCUUACCCAAAAUAUCACCCCUGCCUGCCUGAUAUUCUACCACUCAUUUUAAUUCCUUUGGGUCUUGCAGCAAUUUUUCAGGAGGCCUUGAUUAAAACACAAAUACUUGUCUCCGAGUCAGCUCACACUUGAAAGGAAAUUAGGAGUGACCUUCUGGAAGUAAGAUCUUGAGGGCUGGAGAACCAGGGGGCUCUCGGAGGGAGCAGAGUUGCUAAUGAGACGGAGGGCCCCAGGAUGAAUGCUGCCACCGUCUCCCUCACCUGGGUGUCAGCAGCCCCAAGGGGCUUCCCAUCCGUACGCCAUUCCACAGACCAGGCGACAGCAGCCCCAGCUCCUUCCCUGUGGGUGCCUCCACCCAUGGCUCCCUUUCCAGGCUGGGCUCAGGGCCAAGCCCAGACAGCUGUAGCUCAUCUUUCACCUGCAAGAGGCCCCGAGAAGCCACAAGAUGGCUUUGGUUUCAAAGCCCAAACUUGGACGUUUCCCCCAGGUUCUACCAUAGAGGUUGUGUGCAGUCUCUGCAGGACCAGCAUGCCCCAGAUAGGCAAGAGUCCAAAGCCUGGAGUUUCCCUUAGACAUUUUUUGAAGGCCAACGUUGUGCCAGGCACCACACCGGCUGCUGCUGGGGCUGCUUUCUGGCAGAAGGUGCAUGGACACGUAGGGAGAGGGUCAAUGAAAAGACCACUGAGGCACAGCAGGGGCAGUGACAGAACCGAGGCCCCGAGAGCAUCCUCUGUCUUCCCCCAGGGAAUGGGUCAUGUCGAGUACACAUCUGGGCUUGGGCAUUAGACAGGCCUGACCUGGAAUCUAGCUAUGCUGGCCUGGAUUUGCUCUGUGGCUUGAGGCAAGCUGCUUACCUUCUCUGAGCCUCUAUUUCAUCACGUGUAAAAUGUAAAAUACUCAGCUCCACAGUGGACACUUAAUGUUAGUUCUCUCCCUCCAGCUGCUCUCACCAGAGAUUUCUUCAAAAGAACUAGCUUCAAAUGGGAGGAAAAGACAAGCUACAACAAGAGGGGCUGGGGUGAGAGAUCAAAAGCAUAUAAUACUGUGAGGAUUUUGACAUUCUCAUAAAGAGAACCAAAGAUCUGUGGGAAAUCUAAGAACAGGGGAAAGAAGACAGGACCAAGGUGGGGCUUAACCAGAUACCAUCUUUCAAGAAACCCAAGAUCAACCUCAACCAAUGGCAAAGUGCCCCGUGGGGAGAAUGGAGAAGCAAAACCAAAUGUCUAUAUAAAAUGUUUAUUUUUGGA